CUCAAAGGUUACACUGAAGUGAAAGUAAAGUAGUUGUGAGUGAAGUAGAGCUUUAGUCCAGACGAGCCUCUCUGUUUCUCUCUAAAGAAACAACUGAAUCCAGCAGCUUCUCAUCAACAACACAACAGGAUCUGUGACAAACUCUGAGCUGACAAUCACCCGGAUUACAUCUUCACUAGAAACUGCUCGACCACAAACCUCACUGUGGCGACACAGAUCUCUGCAUGUCUGACUGACAUCUCCCAGUGGAUGUCCGCUCACCAGCUGAAGAUCAACCCCGCCGGGACUGAACUGGAAAGACCCCGGGAAAAGAUUUUCCGACAGUUAACUCGAGCGUCAAUAUGUCUGCUGCCAGCUGUCUGCUGACUGAAGAUCAGUUCCUGUGCUCCAUCUGUCUGGAUGUCUUCACUCAUCCAGUCACCACACCAUGUGGACACAACUUCUGUAAAGCCUGCAUCACUGACCACUGGGACGUUAAUGUCCCGCCUAACUGUCCCAACUGUAAAGAGGGUUUUAACACCAGACCUGAACUUCGGGUCAACACGUUCAUCUCUGAGAUGGCUGCUCAGUUCAGACUGUCAGCUCAACAGAAAGCCAGCAGCAGCAGCUCAGAGCAACAAGCUGCCCAACCAGGAGAAGUUCCCUGUGACGUCUGCACUGGAACCAAAGUGAAAGCCCUCAAGUCCUGUCUGGUGUGUCUGGUCUCCUACUGUGAGGCUCACCUGGAGCCUCAUCUGACUAUGUCAGGUCUGAAGAGACAUCAGCUGAUGGACCCUGUGGAGAAGCUGGAAGCCAGGAUGUGUACGAAGCACGAUAAACUGCUGGAACUGUUCUGUAAGACCGACCAGAUGUGUGUCUGCAUGCUCUGCACUGUUUUAGACCACAAGAACCAUGAUGUUGUUCCUCUGAGAGAAGAAUAUGAAGGAAAGAAGGCCGAGCUGGGGAAGACUGAGGCUGAAGUCCAGCAGAUGAUCCAGAAGAGACGACUGAAGAUUCAGGAGAUCAAACACUCAGUGAAGCUCAGUGAGGAACAAGCGGACACAGAGGUAGAAGAAGGUGUCCUGGUCUUCAGCGCUCUGAAGGAGUCUGUUGAGAGAAGCCAGGUGGAGCUCAUGGACACCAUCAAAGAGAAGCAGAGAAAGACACAGAAAGAGGCUGAAGGCUUCAUCAAAGAGCUGGAACAGGAGAUCUCUGAGCUGAAGAAGAGAAGCACUGAGGUGGAGCAGCUCUCACGCUCUCAAGACCAUCUCCACCUCCUCGAGAGCUUUAGGACCCUGAACACUGCUCCACCCACCAAGGACUGGACAGGAGUCAGAGUCAGUCCACCUUCAUAUAAUGGGGCAGUGGUGAGAGCUGUGAACCAGCUGGAGGAGAAGCUCAGUAAACAGAUGAAGAAGCUGCUGGAGGAGAAGCUCAGUAAACAGAUGAAGAAGCUGCUGGAGGAGAAGCUGAAGAGAGUCCAGCAGUCUGCAGUGGAUGUGACACUCGAUCCUGAUACAGCACAUCCUAGACUCAUCCUGUCUGAUGAUGGAAAACAAGUUAGACAUGGAGAUGUAAAGAAGAAUCUCCCAGACAAUCCAGAGAGGUUUAAUUUUUGUUUUGUUGUUUUAGGAAAGCAGAGUUUAUCUUCAGGUAGAUUUUACUACGAGGUUCAGGUUAAAGGGAAGACUGACUGGGAUUUAGGAGUUGUGAGAAAGUCCAUCAACAGGAAGAGAUUCAGUUCACUGUCUCCUCAGAAUGGUUACUGGGUGAUAUGUUUGAGGAAUCAGUAUGUGUACAAAGCUUUUGCUGAUCAUCCAGUCUGUUUCUCUCUGGGGUCCCGGCCUGAGAAGGUGGGGGUGUUUGUGGAUUAUGAGGAGGGUCUGGUCUCCUUUCUUGACGUUGAUGCUGCAGCUCUGAUCUACUCCUUUACUAGUUGCUGCUUCACUGAGAAACUCUACCCAUACUUUAGUCCAUUUAUUAAUAAUAAUGGUAAAAACUCUGCUCCUCUGAUUAUCUCUCCUGUCAGUAAAACAAACAUUUCAUUUUCUAUUCAAUAAAUAAGGUCUCCGGUUGUUCCUAAACCUCCUUUUCUGGGCCACAUCUACCAGCUCUUACUGGGGUAAGGGUUAACGAAGAUCAAAACGGUAGCUUGGUGUGGUAAGGCGAGUAAAAUACUGCCCCCGCUGACCUGAUUUUCUGUGCUCACUCUCCAUUCUCCCCUCACUCAAGAACAAGAAGGUACCUUAACUCCUAAACUUGAGGUAGGGACACAUUCUCUACCCAGGGUAGACAAUCCGUCAGUUUCCUUCUGAAAAACGAUGGCCUCAGACUUAGAGGUGCUGAUCCUCAUCCCGAUAAUUCAAUCCACAGCACCCCGAACUGUAACCCCCCCCGACUACGCCUCGAUAUCCUGUUCACGAAAACCACAAACAGGAUUGCGAAGGCCAACCCCCACCAUAAACACCUCCUUACGGCCGAGCAUCCAAACACUGCUCUGGAUUUGGGCGAACAGGGUUUGGAUGGCCCCAAGAAGGACCCUCUCCUCCGACCCUCUACUCCCGCAGUACCUCCCACCGUGUCUAUUGGGGGCCCCGGUCUUCUUCACAGACCUCACAAAACGCAUGUAGACAGGAGGAGCAUACUCCCAGGCCCCCUCCAUGAUCCUUGCAAGAGUGAAGAGCUGGUCUGUUGUUCCAGGACAAAAUCUGUAUUGUUCCUCUUCAAUCGGUAGUUUGACUAUUGGCCGAACCCUCCUUUCCAGCACCCUGAAGUAGACUUUAUCAGGGAGGCUGAUACCCCUGUAAUUGGCACAUGCUUUUUUGAUGCCCCUUUAUGAAGAGAGGUACCCCACAACACACAUUGCCCUCCCCGUCUCUGGACGGAUCUCAUCAAUCCCCGGGGCUUUGCCACUGCGGAGUUGUUUGAGAACCUCAGUGACUUCCACAAGACAAAAAUAAAUAAUAUAUCAAAUCUAUAUUUGAAUUGAUCUAUUACUCCUUCCGCCACUUCAAGGAGUAAUUACCCCAAUCUCAAACAAUUUCUUCAGGAAUAGAAAUGUUCACAAAUGACAUAGCAGAUUUUAGUGUUUAAAGGUUUAUUGUAGAGAUGAUGUCUUUGCUCCAUGAAGUUCUACUUCAACAUGAAUCACCUGUUGGGGGGGAAGGAAA